AUGGCAUCCCUCGUCUCGCGCAUCGCGUCGCGGUCCAGAUCACACGCUGCGAGGGCCGCGCUUAACGCGUUCAACCUGCAGCCGACUCGAAACGUCACGUACAUGCCGAAGCCGGGCGAGGGCGCGACGCGCACUGUUACGCUGCUCCCGGGUGACGGAGCCGGGCCGCUGUGCACGAACGCGGUGGAGCAGGUGUUUAAAGCCAUCCACGCGCCCGUGGUGUUCGAGACGUAUGACCUCAAGGGCACCAUGCCCACCGUGCCCACCGAGGUCCUCGACUCGCUCCGGCGCAACAAGGUGGGGAUCAAGGGAGGCGUGCGAACGGCCGUCGCAGGCGGAGUCAGUUCGCUGACGGUGCAGCUGCGAAAAGAGUUCGAUCUCUUCGCGCAUCUCGCCUACUGCAGUAACUUCCCGGGGCUGAAGACGCGGCACGACAACGUGAACAUCGUGGUGAUCCGCGAGAACACGGAGGGCGAGUACAGCGGGCUCGAGCACGAAGUCACUCCCGGGGUUGUCGAGAGCCUCAAGGUGAUCACCAAGUUCUGCUCGGAGCGGAUUGCCAAGUACGCGUUCGAGUACGCGUACCUGAACAACCGCAAGACGGUGACGGCGGUGCACAAGGCGAACAUCAUGAAGCUCGCGGACGGGCAGUUCCUGGAGUCGUGCCGCGAGGUGUCGAAGCAGUACCCGCAGAUCAACUACAACGAGGUCAUCAUCGACAACUGCUGCAUGCAGCUCGUCUCCAAGCCAGAGCAGUUCGAUGUCAUGGUGACCCCCAAUCUGUACGGCACUCUCAUUUCAAACUGUGCUGCUGGCAUCGCAGGAGGCACCACUGUCAUGCCCGGAGGGAAUGUGGGUUAUGAGCAUGCCAUCUUUGAGCAAGGGGCCUCAGCAGGCAACGUGGGGAACGACAUCAUCAACGCUCAGAAGAAGGCCAAUCCGACGGCUCUCCUUCUCUCGGCAGCCAUGAUGCUCCGGCAUCUGCAGUUCCCGUCAUUCGCCGAUCAGUUGGAGCAUGCGAUCUAUGGAGUGAUUGCGGAGGGGCUUGUUCGCCCGCCUGCCAUGGGAGGGGAUUCGACCACGCAAGAAUAUCACGGCGGUGGGUCUGAGGUGCAAGGAUGGCGUUGUGCUGGGCGUGGAGAAGCUGCUGGUAUCAAAGAUGCAGGGCGUGGAGAAGCUGCUGGUAUCAAAGAUGCAGGUGCAGGGCAGCAACCGGCGAAUCCACAUAGUGGACAAGCAUGUUGGCACCUAACACACUUCAUGCCUCCUCUCCCACCUCUCUGCCCCCUGCACUGCCCCGGUCUUGCAUGUCCCAACGCCCACCCUUCCCAGGGCGUGGAGAAGCUGCUGGUGUCGAAGAUGCAGGGCGUGGAGAAGCUGCUGGUGUCGAAGAUGCAGGUGCAGGGCAGCAACCGGCGAAUCCACAUAGUGGACAAGCACGCUGGCAUCGCUGUGGCGGGGCUCGUGGCGGAUGGGAGGCAGGUGGUCAACCGCGCCCGCAACGAGGCUGUUAACUACAAGAGUUUCUUCGCGCACAUGAUUCCUCUCAAGGUGCUGGCAGAUCGCAUGGCGAGCUACGCGCACUACUUCACGCUCUACUGGUGGACGCGCCCCCUCGGCUCCUCUGUGCUGCUGGCUGGCUAUGACCGCGACGGGCCCCAGCUCUACUGCAUUGAACCGUCGGGCGUCACUUAUCGGUAUCACGGCACUGCAGUGGGCAAGGGAAGGCAAGCAGCCAAGACCGAGAUUGAGAAGUUGAAGCUUUCAGAGAUGACGUGUCGGGAGGGGGUGAACGCUGUUGCCAAGAU